AUGUUUUCUCGGAACUCAGUUGACGUGAUCAAAGGCUUGAGAAAAGGAAAAGUAGACAGAACCGCAUUCCUCACAACUGUGUUUUCAGAAAUCAAAGAAGAAGUUAAAAGCAGCGACCUUGUAGUCAAAACAAAUGCCAUCAAAAAGCUAUUUGUCCUUUCACUAGAAGGCUAUGACAUGGAAUGAGCUGCUUUUCACGUUUUAGAAGUCAUGAGUUCUACUAAAUUUUCCCAGAAACGAAUGGGAUUUUUGGCAGCUUCCAAUUGCUUUAAAUCUACCAGUGACAUUUUAACACUUGCUACUAAUGUAUUUCGCAGAGAAUUCGUAGCCGCAAACCAUUUAGAUACUUGCAUAGCUGUUAAUUGCUUGUGCAACAUCAUCAAUUCUUUUAUGUCUACAGAACUAUUAAACGACUGUGUUACUUUAUUAAAUGCUUCCAAGCCCGACUUAAGGAAAAAGGUCUGCUUAUUGUUUUUCAAAAUUUUUUUUAAUAACCCAGACGCAGUACCACAGAUGUUUGAAAGAGUAGCAGAGAAAUUGCAGGAUGAAAAUAUAGGUGUAAAGGUAGCAACUGUGAAUACAAUAUUAGAAAUAUCAAGAAUCAAUCCUAAAUGCGCACUUUUUACAGCAAAAGCGCUGUUUGAUUUGCUGACGACGACAAAAAAUAACUGGAUGAUAAUUAAGCUGUUGAAAACAAUGGUUGAGCUGACUAAAGUAGAGCCAAGACUGAUAAAAAGGUUAAUAGAUCCAUUAAAGACGCUACUGCAGAGCACCCCAGCGAAGUCUGUGGAAUAUGAAAUAAUCAGGACAAUUAUAUCAUCUUUUUAUGAGAAUGAAGAACUUGUGAUCUUAGCGAUGUCAAAACUUCAAGGAUUUCUAUACUAUUUUUUUAAUAAAUUACUAUUAAUUUAUCUAUAUAAUACCUAGGCUAUAUUUAUAUAAAAUUAAAUAGAUAGCAACGACCCAAAUUGUAAAAUUUAUAUAGUAAAAUAUCUUGGUCUUUCUGGGCUGCAAGAAAUGAUUAAAAAGCAUCCUAAUAUAGCAUAUGAAUAUAACCAUUUUAUAGUUGAAGCUCUUCAAAGCAAAGAUUUAACUAUAAGGCUUCGAGCUCUUUCUCUGCUAAGAUUGACUGUAUUUUAUAAUUAGACCUCAAAGCAAAACCUUUGUGACAUUAUCGGAGAAAUCGUAAAAGAAAUUCAAAAAUCCGAAAAUUCUGAUAUAAAAGAAGAAUUAUUUAGUACUGGGUUGUAUCUCUUAAGUAAAGAAAAUUAUACAUUUUAAAAUAUAUAAGCAUAAAACCAAUUUUAUUAUAAAAUAAUUGCUUUAUUUAUAUAAAAGCAUAUGACUUGGUUGAAGAUUUCAAAUGAAUGUUCAUGAUUUUAGGCGCAUUUUUGAAGCUCAAAACUUCUAAAUAUGAAGGACAGCUAAGCAGUAUUAUGCUUGAUGUCGUGAUAAGGGUUGAGCAGCUUAGAUCAGAAGCUGCAGAACUUGCUAUAGAUACUCUACAAGAUUUUGAAUCUUUAAAAUCCGAAAAAUGUGAAGCCUUAAAUGCCUUGCUUUUCAUUAUCGGCGAGUUUGGAGACACUUUAUCUCGAGAAAACCAAGAAAAUGCUUUAGAAUUAGUCUUAAGAGACCGUUGGAAAAUCUUAAAUUUCCCUGAAUCUGUACACAACGCCCUUACUGCUGCAACAUUUAAACUAUUAGUCAAAAUAAAAGAAAUUAACCCCAAUCUCAAAGAAGAAAUCCAAGCAAAACUUGAAGAAAGAAGCAAACAAGUGGACUUUAUGGAGAGUCAAGAACGGUCGUUACUCUAUAUAAAUAUAUUAGCAAACCUUACAGAUGAAGAAAAAACUAAGCUCGGCAGCUUAAUUACCUGUUUAAGCCCAGUCCCUUCAUAUGCUCAAGCGAUGGUGUUUGCCCCUGAGUCACUUUUGGUGCCUAUAGAAAUAGAUGAAAACGAAAUCCAGACGAGAAAUGAAGAUGGGUCAGUCACUUAUCAUUAUUUCAGGGACGAAGAUUUUAUUCCUCCUGAUAUUUUAAGCGAAGAAGAGAGGAAAAAAAGGAGAAGUGAACUUAAAUUAAAGCAGAAAGAAGACCCGUUUUAUUUGCAGUCGAACAAAAAUAGCCAGUCAGCUAAAAAGAAAGGAAAAGGAAAGAAAAAGCUUAACUCCCCAUCCUUGAUCGAACAAUUCCAUUGAAAAAAUUCCUAAAAAUUGAGAAAAUUAACCCUAAUCCUUUAUCGAACAAUUUUCUUAUAUUGCAAUUUAUAUACAUAUAUUAUUAUAAUUUACGAAAAUUAAUAGUUUGCAUUUGCAAAUUAAAAGUAAUUUUCAUUUUUUCUUAAUAAUCUGCAUGGAAUUAACUUCCGAAAGCUUAAUAAUCUAAAAAAAUUUAAAAUUAUCAUAAAUUAAAACUAUUAAUAAGGGACAGAAGUAUUUAUAGGGUGUUAAGGGGUUUUAUAAUAAUUAAAUUAACACAAUUUUUCACAAAAAAAGAGUUUAAUACUUACUAUCUUUAAAAAAGUACACCAAAACAAUAAAAAAUUAUAUAUAUAUAAUUAUUUUUCCAAAAAUUUUUUAAACCCCCAUCCUUGAUCGAACUUAGAGGUGUUGUUCGAUCAAGAAUGAGAAGAGUAAGGAAAAAAACUGAAGAGAUUAAAGAAGAAAAUAAAGAAGAAGAAAAAGAAGAAAUAAAGCAAGAAAUUUCGGUACCCAAGCCAAGCACAGAUAAGAAAUAUACAGUGAUGAAAGAUCCAGUUCUAGGAAAUAAUUAA